AACAUACAGAACCUAAAGCCCAAUCUUACGUGGCAAAUUAUCCAUUUUUUUCUUUUCAUAUUUCCAGAAUCUGCAAUUUUUAUCAAUUUUCUCCAUUUUCAUUAUUUUUAUUUCUUCACUCCGUCGAAUCCGAAAUUCCGGCCCCGGAAAAUUCAAUUAUUCCGACGAAUUUCGAAUUUAUUCUCAUUAAUAUUUCAAUUUAAUCAAAACAAAUCAAAAUUUAUGCAAAAAAGAAAAAACAAAAAAAAAAAACAAAAUAGUAAAAAAAAAAGUGAAUAAAUGUGGUAUAGAUCUCCUUCCUUCAUCCUUGAUAACCAAGCACAAGAAAAAUUAUUACUUCAACAACAAAACGACGACGUUUUGAAUCCACCACCACCUCCUUCAAUGUCGGAAACUUCCGUCCUAAACCCUAACCCUAAUAUUUCGGCGUAUUAUCAAACAAGGGCGGCUCAUCAUGCGGUUGUUACGAGCGAUUGGUUGGCGCAAGCUCAGGCAGCCGUUGCCGGCGGAGUUUCCGGCGAGGUUACGGCGGCGGAGGUGGAGGAUGGUUGUGGGGUUGAGAAGGGGGGAAGUGUGAUUGAGGAGUUUAAUAGUUGGCGAAAACAGCCUGAUUUGGCUGAGGCUGUUGCGGCAAUUAGGGCUUUGGCUUCUGUGAUUAGGUCGAGUAAUGCUACUACUAUGAUGGAACUUGAGAUUGAGCUUAAGAAAGCUUCUGAUUCUCUUAAGUCAUGGGAUGCAACGUCCAUCUCCUUAACUGCUGCUUGUGAUCUGUUUAUGCGAUAUGUAACCAGAACUUCUGCCUUAGAGUAUGAAGACUUUAAUUCCGCUAGGUCUCGCUUAAUCGAGCGUGCAGAGAAGUUUGGGGAGAUAUCUUACAAGGCACGUAGAAUCAUCUCAAUGCUUAGCCAAGAUUUCAUAUUUGAUGGAUGCACCAUAUUGGUUCACGGUUUCUCUCGAGUUGUCUUCGAGGUGUUGAAGACAGCAGCGCAAAAUAAAAAGUCCUUUCGUGUUUUUUGCACAGAGGGAAGGCCCGACAGGACUGGAUUACGUUUUUCAAAUGAAAUGGCCAAGCUUGAUGUUCCGGUGAAACUCCUAAUUGACUCAGCAGUUGCAUAUUCUAUGGAUGAGGUUGAUAUGGUUUUUGUUGGGGCCGAUGGAGUGGUUGAAAGUGGUGGCAUAAUUAACAUGAUGGGAACCUAUCAGAUUGCAUUGGUUGCUCACAGCUUGAACAAACCAGUUUAUGUUGCUGCUGAAAGUUAUAAGUUUGCCCGUCUCUAUCCUCUGGAUCAAAAAGACAUGGCUCCUGCCCUCCGCCCUAUUGACUUUGGUGUGCCUGUUCCAUCAAAGGUUGAGAUCGAAAAAUCUGCCCGUGACUAUACACCUCCGCAAUAUCUGACUCUUCUAUUUACAGAUCUUGGUGUUUUGACACCAUCUGUAGUCAGCGAUGAGCUUAUUCAGCUUUACCUGUAGUUGUGCCUAGAUUGGAUUUUGAUUGAUGGGCUACCAAUGUAUCAGCGACGUAUUACUCUUAUUGUAAUGAUAAAAUCCCACAUAGGGGUUUGAGUUUUGAAAUUUUUGGUUGAAAUUUUUUGGUCAUCAA